AUGACUAAUAUUCCAGAUAAAACGAUCAAACGUAAAGCUAAGAAUGAUCUGAUACGAUUUCUUACAUUCAAUGUCAAUGGUAUAAGAACUUUUUUUCAUUAUCACCCUUUCUCUCAAAUGAAAUCCUCAUUGAAAGAUGUAUUUGAUUAUUUUGACUCUGACAUUAUCUCAUUUCAAGAACUUAAAACAGACACAUUGGCUAUAUCAAAAUGGGGUAAAGUGGAUGGGUUUUAUUCUUUUAUAUCUAUUCCAAAAGUUAAAAAGGGUUACUCAGGGGUUGGUUGCUGGAUACGGAUAUUACCAGAGGAUCACCCCUGCCAUAAUACAUUAAAAGUUGUAAAAGCAGAAGAAGGAAUUACUGGUUUAUUAACUGUUAAGGUUAACGGACAACAAAUAAGAUAUAGAGAUGAUGUGAAUCUUGGAUUAGGUGGAUACGAUGAUCUUGGUAUUACAGAUGAACAAUUACUGUUAGAUCUAGAUUCUGAAGGUAGAUGUGUAAUGAUAGAACUGGCUUACAAUAUGAUUGUUAUAUGUGUUUAUUCACCGGCAAAUUCCGGCUUAACUGACGAAGGUGAAGUUUUCAGAAUGACUUUCAUUAAAGUUCUAUUUAAUAGAAUACGGAAUUUUACGAAGAUGGGUAAGAAUGUUGCAUUUAUGGGUGAUAUCAAUAUCUGUCGUGAUCUAAUUGACAGUGCCGAUUGUUUGAAUCUGGCAAAUAUUAACUUACAAGAGUAUAAUACGGGGACUAUGGUGGAAUCAAAAUAUUACUCUGAUGCAGUUAAGUUUAUAUUGAAUCCAGAUACUCCUCAUAGAAAGUUAUUGAAUAUGUUGCUAUCAGACUCGAUUAUCCCAGAGUUGGCUGAUGACGGUAUCCUAGUAGAUAGUACUCGUUAUAUACAGGGACGCGAUCGAUUAAAAAUGUAUACGGUAUGGAACACUUUGAAAAAUACCAGACCUUCAAAUUAUGGUUCUAGAAUAGACCUCAUUCUAUUGACAGACGUUUUGAAAUAUAAUAUAAAAGAUGCUAAUAUCCUUGCUGAAGUUAUGGGAUCAGAUCAUUGUCCAGUGUAUGCCGAUCUAUCAUUCGAAUCGAUAUCAACUGAAAUAAAACCCAGUAGUUCAAAAAUUCCGAAAUUUGAAGCCAGAUAUAAAUUUAAUCUUAUGAAUUAUGAUGUUCUUUCUAUGUUUGCAAAAAGGUCAAAGACGGCGCCUCUACCAAGGAUAUCAAAUUCAUCAUCCGCGAGUACAUCCAAUACCGUAAAGUAUGGAAUGGCUAAGAAGGAAAAAUCCAUCGAUACCUUUUUCAAGAUCACAAAAACUCAACGUCCAAACCGUACAUUAUCCACACGAAAUGCUGGUCCUGACAAGGGAAUAAGUCUACGUACAACUAGGAUCUCUUCAUCCCAAAGUGACGCAAAAUCUUUAAAAGAUAUCUUUGGAAGCCCUCCUCUGUGUAGACAUGGAGACGUUUGUAUUCUAAAAACUUCAAAGACAUCAGAUAACCCUGGGAAGAAGUUUUGGACGUGUCAUAAAUCUAGGGGUGAUCCUAAUGAUCCUGAUUCUUCAUGUGGGUUCUUUAAGUGGGUAUAA